ACACUGUAGUCCAAUGAUUAAUCACCAGUGAAGCCGUAAUACCGAUGCGUUUAUAGAAUAACGAAUAGUAUAUUAAUUGUUGGUCCUUUUGAAAAUGGCGCGAAACAAAUCUCCAUCAAUAGUUUCCGAUAAAGAUAAAAAGAAACCCAAAGAAAAGAAGAAAAAAGGAGAAUCGGGCUCUAGCAGUAGUGAUAGCAGUGGAAGUUCAUCUGACAGCAGUUCAUCAAGAUCCUCAUCAAGGUCAUCAUCAAGCAGCUCUGGCAGUUCAUCCCAUUCUUCAUCAAGUUCUAGCUCCUCUAGUAGCAGCAGUGGUGCUAAUGAUAGAACUAGGCCUAAGAAGAAAAUUUCACCCCAUAAGAGUCCAGCAAAGGAUCGCCGUGACUCAAAUAGGGAAAAACUUAGGGAAAGAUCACCAUUAGAUAAGAAGAAAGUGAUUACACCAUCAGCUACAGACAAGGCAAAACUAAGAGAUAAACUUGAAAGAUCACCAGCCCGCAAGAAGCGUGAGCGUUCUCCUGCACCUCGACCGACUCGUAUACACAUUGGUCGGCUCACACUAAAUGUUAACCGUGAGCAUAUUCAGGAGAUAUUCUCUACAUACGGAACAGUGAAAGCUGUAGAGUUCCCAAUGGACCGACUGCAUCCUUAUAAUGGCAGGGGUUAUGCAUAUGUGGAGUUCAGCAAUCCGGAUGAAGCAGAAAAUGCUAUGAAGCAUAUGGAUGGAGGUCAGGUUGACGGUCAGGAGAUAACUGCAGCGCCGGUGUUGAUCCCGACACGUCCGCGCCGGCUGUCACCUCGCCCGCCCCCGAGACACCCGCCGCCGCGACGACACUCGCCACCUAGAUACCGGCGUCGCAGUCCGGUUCGCCGUCGGUCCCCUCCCCGUCGCCGCCGCACCCGCUCCCGCUCACCUCGAGCUCAACGACGACGACGCUCCAGGUCCUCUUCCUCUUCCGACCGUUAAACACAGACAAAACACUUACACACAAGCCUUCAUAAACAAUGAACACACCUACAAAACAAUCCCUUCACACACACACGCCUAUACACUACACAAACCCACACAGGCUAAAAAUAAAAAUAUAUUGACCCCAUCAUUUUAUAUGUUCAUACAAAUAUAGACAUUAAUUUGUACAUACAUUACAAUACAUUUAAAUCAGUGAUACAGUCCAGUCUUUUCAGGUGAGUUCAUGUAAAAGUCUUUAGUGGGCAGGUAAGUAUAAAUUUAUUUGAAAACUGUCAUAUUAACAUUAACUAAUUUUCCUCAUAAGCUUGCAAAAUGGAAACUUCGCGAGUGACCGUGAUUGACGUAUAGUGGAGUGCUAUGUAAUGUAAUUGUAUUAAAUAUAUAAAAUUAA